UUGCAUCCCUAGUGUGCCAGCUGAGUGAAAAUUUUAUUUAUCAAAAAGUGUACUGAUUUGAUUAAUAUUAGUUAAUGUCUAAUAUAAAAUUGCGGUAUAUUUCCAAUUCGUUGAAGACAAGCAUUUCUUUUGCAAGACAAAAUUGGCAUCUGCGGACAUAUAUGUAGAACGGAACGGUGAAACAUGCACUCUCAAGGACAGGGUCAACAAACGCAGCAGCAAUCCUCGGCACAGGCACAUUCCUUGCUGCAGCAGCAAGCUCUUGUGCCAAACAACAAUGCAGUUGGUAAAUUAAAUGAACACCAACCUCAAUCUCUAUCGUCUGUCGGCUUACUAGAGCUGGCUCACAGGGAAUACCAAGCCGUCGACUACGAGAAUGCCGAAAAACAUUGCAUGCAGUUAUGGCGCCAAGAUAGCACCAAUACUGGUGUCCUCUUGCUGCUAUCCUCCAUUCAUUUUCAAUGCCGACGCCUUGAUAAAUCCGCUCAGUUUUCUACGUUGGCAAUAAAGCAAAAUCCUGUACUUGCAGAAGCUUACAGCAACUUAGGAAAUGUUUUCAAGGAACGAGGACAGCUGCAGGAAGCAUUGGACAAUUAUCGCCGAGCUGUGCGCCUAAAGCCCGACUUUAUAGACGGAUACAUUAACUUGGCCGCAGCUUUAGUAGCCGCGCGCGAUAUGGAGGCUGCAGUGCAAGCAUAUAUCACAGCUUUGCAAUAUAAUCCCGAUUUGUAUUGUGUGCGAAGUGAUUUGGGAAACCUUUUAAAAGCCCUUGGACGCCUUGAAGAAGCUAAAGCUUGCUAUCUUAAGGCUAUUGAAACAUGCCCCAACUUCGCAGUGGCAUGGAGUAAUUUGGGAUGCGUUUUUAAUGCACAGGGAGAAAUUUGGUUGGCUAUACAUCACUUUGAGAAGGCCGUGACCCUUGAUCCAAACUUUUUAGAUGCCUAUAUAAAUUUAGGAAACGUCCUAAAGGAGGCCAGAAUAUUUGACAGAGCUGUUGCUGCCUAUUUACGCGCAUUGAAUCUAUCCCCCAACAAUGCCGUUGUCCAUGGAAAUCUCGCUUGCGUAUACUAUGAGCAGGGUCUCAUUGAUUUGGCCAUUGACACAUAUAGACGGGCCAUCGAGCUGCAGCCUAACUUUCCCGAUGCCUAUUGUAACCUGGCAAAUGCUCUCAAAGAGAAGGGACAGGUUAAGGAAGCCGAAGAAUGUUAUAAUACUGCGCUGCGACUGUGCUCAAAUCAUGCCGAUUCUUUGAAUAAUUUGGCCAACAUUAAACGAGAGCAGGGUUACAUUGAGGAAGCCACUCGUCUUUAUCUUAAGGCGUUGGAAGUCUUUCCAGAUUUUGCGGCUGCCCAUUCAAAUUUGGCAUCUGUCUUGCAGCAGCAGGGCAAAUUGAAGGAUGCAUUAAACCAUUAUAAGGAAGCAAUUCGAAUUCAGCCAACAUUUGCAGAUGCAUAUUCCAAUAUGGGAAAUACACUCAAGGAGCUGCAAGAUGUCAGUGGGGCCCUGCAAUGCUAUACCCGUGCGAUCCAAAUAAAUCCAGCAUUUGCCGAUGCACACAGCAAUUUGGCGAGCAUCCACAAGGAUUCAGGAAAUAUCCCCGAAGCGAUUCAGUCUUAUCGCACAGCUCUAAAAUUGAAGCCAGAUUUUCCCGAUGCCUAUUGCAAUUUGGCCCAUUGCUUGCAGAUUGUUUGCGAUUGGACCGACUAUGAUGUACGAAUGAAGAAACUGGUUAGCAUUGUGGCUGAGCAGUUGGAAAAGAACAGAUUGCCAUCGGUGCAUCCGCAUCAUUCGAUGCUUUAUCCAUUGACACAUGAAUUCCGAAAGGCUAUAGCGGCUAGACACGCCAAUUUAUGCUUGGAAAAGGUGCACGUUCUACACAAACAGCCGUACAAUUUCCCAAGAGAGCUGCCGAACGACGGACGAUUGCGCAUUGGAUACUUAAGCUCCGAUUUUGGAAAUCAUCCUACCUCACAUCUAAUGCAAUCUGUGCCCGGAUUACAUGAUCGCUUAAAAGUUGAGAUCUUCUGCUAUGCCCUAAGCCCUGACGAUGGGACAACUUUCCGGUACAAGAUAAGCCGUGAGGCAGAGCACUUUGUGGAUCUAUCGCAAAUCCCGUGUAACGGCAAAGCAGCCGACAAAAUCUAUAAUGAUGGCAUACACAUUUUGGUCAAUAUGAAUGGCUAUACCAAGGGAGCAAGGAAUGAGAUUUUCGCUCUUCGCCCAGCACCAAUUCAAGUAAUGUGGCUCGGCUAUCCAGGCACAAGUGGCGCCAGUUUCAUGGAUUAUAUAAUAACUGAUGCAGUCACUAGUCCCAGGGAGCUGGCUUAUCAAUACAGUGAGAAGCUAUCGUAUAUGCCUUAUACAUAUUUUAUUGGUGAUCACAAGCAGAUGUUCCCCCAUCUCAAGGAGCGAAUUAUUGUGUGCGACAAGCAGCAAUCGACUGUUGCCGACAAUGUGGCAGUUAUAAAUGCCACAGAUCUGUCGCCACUUGUCGAGACUACCGAAGUGAAGGAAAUCAAAGAGGUGGUCAAUGCACAAAAACCCGUUGAAAUCACACAUAAGGUGGCUGAGCUGCCCAGCACUACACAAAUUGUAUCAAUGAUUGCAACUGGUCAGGUGCAAACUUCCCUAAACGGCGUGGUCGUUCAGAAUGGCUUGGCCACAACACAAACCAAUAAUAAGGCCGCCACCGGCGAGGAAGUGCCCCAGAAUAUCGUGAUAACAACACGUCGUCAAUACAUGUUGCCAGAUGAUGCUAUUGUCUAUUGCAAUUUUAAUCAACUUUAUAAAAUUGACCCACAAACCCUGCAAUCGUGGGUAAUAAUUCUAAAAAAUGUGCCUAAAUCGGUUUUAUGGCUGCUGCGCUUCCCAGCAGUAGGCGAACAGAAUAUUAAAAAAUCUGUCAGCGAUCUGGGCAUUUCUCCUGAUCGAAUAAUAUUUUCAAAUGUCGCUGCUAAAGAGGAGCAUGUGCGUCGUGGACAAUUAGCUGAUAUAUGUCUUGACACUCCAUUAUGUAAUGGGCAUACAACAUCUAUGGACGUUUUGUGGACUGGCACUCCGGUUGUUACCCUACCGGGCGAGACCUUAGCUUCAAGAGUGGCUGCUUCGCAAUUGGCAACACUUGGAUGUCCGGAGCUAAUAGCGCGCACUCGCGAAGAAUAUCAAGACAUCGCCAUUCGUCUGGGCACAGAGAGGGAACAUUUGAAGGCGCUCAGAGCUAAAGUGUGGAAAGCACGUGUUGACAGUCCAUUGUUUGAUUGCUCACAAUAUGCCAAAGGUUUAGAAAAACUUUUCUCACGAAUGUGGGACAGAUUUGCGCGGAAUGAACUUCCAGAUCACAUCUCCGCUAUGGAGGGAAAGUGAAAUCCUGUCAUUAUCAUAAAAGACUUGGACAAGGUUCAUUCGAGCCAAAAAUAACAUUUGAACAUGCUUCGGGAAUCGAUUUUGGGCGGCGGCGGCAUAUAUGUUACAAUGCAUACCUAAAUAUUUUUUCUGUAUAAGAAGAAAACCAAGUAAAGUUUAACUAUUUACAUACUUAUUUUUAAUCGAUUCAACCUGCUCCUUUAUACAAUUUUGCCCUUUAAUUUUAAGACGUUACAUUGUAUUAGAAAAAACAAAAACAACAAAUAUUGUCCCUUUGGGAUACUAUUAGAAAAUGUGCGGUAAAUAUAAACAGUGCUUGCUAUUGAAAUAGAUUGAAAAUGUAUAUAAAAAAAAAACGAUAUGACUAAACUUAACCAAAAAACGGAUUUGAAUAUUUAAUGUUUUCAAGGGUAGUAUCGUCCUUUUUAGAAAGUUUCUCAAGUAAACCGUAAAAAUAAAUUAAGACUUGCAUUCUAUACCGAGA